UACACUUUUUAUAGCAUAUUUUAGGUGACACUAUUUACAUUUUAAAAUAUUUUAAGUAAUAUUUAUUAAGUACACAUGUAUUAGAAACGAGCGACUAUUGAGAUCGUGCAAAAAAACAUGUUUACUAAAUUAUAACAAUGAAUAUUAUAUGUUGCAUAGUAAUUCUAAUGUUGACUAUUGAUAAAGGUGUCACAAGUGCCGAGCAGCUUAUCACAUAUAAUAUUUCCCAAAGUAAUAAUUCCGUUUACAAUCCCAGUUCUCGAAGAACCAGUAAAUUUCUCUUCGAUACCAUUUUCCGAAUUAGUUCCGGAGUAUCAAAUGCCUUUGGCUUUGAAACGGAUGAUGAGACGGAAUAUGUAGAAAACGAAAAUCUAUCAACUUGUGAUUGUGAUUGUGGUUUUUCAAAUGAGGAAAUAAGAAUCGUCGGUGGUAAACCGACCGGAGUAAACCAAUAUCCAUGGAUGGCUCGCAUCAUUUAUGAUGGCAAAUUUCACUGUGGCGGAUCAUUAUUAACUAAGGACUAUGUUCUCUCGGCGGCUCAUUGUGUUAAAAAGUUACGCAGAUCGAAAAUUCGAAUUAUAUUCGGAGAUCACGAUCAAGAGAUCACUUCAGAGUCGCAGGCAAUUCAAAGAGCUGUCACUGCGGUUAUCAAGCAUAAGAGCUUCGAUCCGGACACCUAUAACAAUGACAUUGCACUAUUGAGGCUUCGAAAGCCAAUAGUAUUUUCAAAGAUUAUCAAGCCUAUAUGUUUGCCCCGCUAUAAUUAUGAUCCAGCAGGUCGAAUUGGCACCGUCGUUGGCUGGGGUCGAACCUCAGAAGGCGGCGAAUUGCCCUCGAUUGUGAAUCAAGUUAAAGUUCCGAUAAUGUCGCUUGCCGAAUGCCGCAAUCAGAAAUAUAAGAGUACACGAAUAACGCCAACUAUGCUGUGUGCUGGAAGACCACGCAUGGAUUCAUGCCAGGGCGAUAGUGGAGGACCCCUCUUACUAUCAAAUGGAGUGAAAUACUUUAUCGUAGGCGUCGUAUCCUGGGGUGUAGGUUGUGGAAGAGAAGGUUAUCCUGGUGUUUACACACGCAUCAGCAAAUUUAUUCCCUGGAUAAAAGCUAAUUUAGAAAAUACUUGUUUGUGUUCAUAGUUAAUCGUUGCUGCACUCUAAAACAAAAAAAAAAUAAAUUAUUGACAAACCACUACUAAUUUAAAACGUUCCAAAGGUCAUAAUGCUUUAGUUUAAAUGUCUAUGUAGAGACUUUUGAUUUAUUGCUGAAUAUGUCUUCAGUUGAAAAGGCUGGGUUCUUAAUAGAUGUAUUCAAAUAUGGUCGGUGGACCCAUUCAGUGUCACAAGCCUUGAUAUUCUCCAAUGUUCCCAACUUAAUUUGAUACAGCUUCAGUUGAAACCUUGGUCCAGCCUCCGACAGUGUAAUUUCCUUAUUUACGUAUUUAUAUUGAUGAUGUCUGAACAUAAUUCUGUCAUCAUUGUUGACAAACGUGAUCACUCUCUCCGACUUUUCCUUUGGCACUGGGAACAAAUGCUUCAAGAUGCUGACAGUUCUUAAAGCAAUA